GAAGCGGCGGCAGGAGGAGGCGGGCUGAGGGUGCACGGCACCGGGGAGGAGGAGGAGGAGGAUGGCGGUGGGGAUGGCGGCGCUCUAGCAGGAGGCGGCGCGGACACGCGUGAAUGUGGUCUCCGGCCCCCGAGUGACCCGGCCCCGAGAUCCAAUAAUACAAUGUCAACUGGAAGGGUACGAACGAAAAAAAAGGCAUGUUCUUCAGACCAGUCUCCAGACAACCUUCCUCUGAGGAGUUCUGGAAGACAGGUGAAGAAGAAAGCAGCUGAAGCAGCAGAUGAUGAUGAUGAAGCAUCAGAGAAGAAAUACAGAAAAUGUGAAAAAGCUGGAUGCACUGCAACAUGUCCGGUUUGCUUUGCCAGUGCAGCUGAAAGAUGUGCUAAAAAUGGGUAUACGUCUAGAUGGUAUCAUCUUUCCUGUGGGGAACACUUCUGCAAUGAAUGUUUUGACCACUAUUACCGAAGCCAUAAAGAUGGUUAUGAGAAAUAUACUGCCUGGAAAAGGAUUUGGACAAGUAAUGGUAAAAGUGAGCCCAGUCCAAAAGCCUUCAUGGCUGAUCAACAGCUUCCUUACUGGGUGCAGUGCACAAAGCCAGACUGUGGUAAGUGGCGUCAGCUGACAAAGGAAAUCCAGCUGACACCACAAAUAGCUAAAACUUACAGAUGUGGUAUGAAACUGAACAAUUCCACCAAGACUGAGGGCUCAGACCAGUGUUCCAUGCCUGAGGACUUGAGAGUGGCUGAAGUUUCAGACCAUUGGUGGUACUCCAUGCUCAUACUCCCUCCUUUGCUGAAAGACAGUGUGGCAGCUCCCUUUCUAGCUGCAUAUUAUCCAGACUGCGUGGGCAUGAGUCCAUCCUGUACCAGCACUAAUCGGUUACCUGGUGAAUCCAACCUUGUGAAGUUAGAGCACUUAAAGAGCGUGCCUAAUUUGACUGUUGCAGGCAUGAACAAGUAUUUCCAGCCUUUUUACCAGCCCAAUGAAUGUGGGAAAGCACUUUGUGUGAGGCCAGAUGUCAUGGAACUGGAUGAACUCUAUGAGUUCCCAGAAUAUUCACGAGACCCUACCAUGUACUUGGCUUUGAGAAACCUGAUUUUGGCUCUGUGGUACACAAACUGCAAGGAGGCUCUUAGCCCUCAAAAAUGUAUCCAUCACAUCAUUGUUCGGGGGCUUGUGCGUAUUCGCUGUGUACAGGAAAUGGAGAGGAUACUUUAUUUUAUGACAAGGAAAGGGCUAAUUAAUACAGGGAUUUUAUCAGUUAGUCCUGAUCAGUAUCUUCUUCCUAAAGAAUACCACAAUAAAUCUGUCAUUGUUGUUGGGGCUGGUGCAGCAGGAUUAGCAGCAGCCCGACAACUGCACAACUUUGGAAUUAAGGUCAUUGUCUUAGAAGCUAAAGACAGAAUUGGUGGCCGAGUGUGGGAUGAUAAGACGUUCAAAGGAGUCACUGUUGGAAGAGGUGCACAAAUCGUCAAUGGAUGUGUCAACAACCCAAUGGCACUAAUGUGUGAGCAACUUGGCAUUAAAAUGCACAAACUAGGGGAGAAGUGUGACUUGAUCCAGGAAGGUGGAAGGAUAACAGAUCCCACUAUUGAUAAACGUAUGGACUUUCAUUUCAAUGCCAUCCUAGAUGUCGUCUCUGAGUGGAGAAAAGAUAAAACCCAACAUCAAGAUGUUCCUCUUGGUGAAAAAAUACAAGAGAUCUAUAAAGCCUUUAUUCAGGAGUCUGGUAUCCAGUUCAGUGAGCUGGAAGAAAAAGUACUCCAGUUCCAUCUCAGUAAUUUGGAGUAUGCCUGUGGCAGCAAUCUCUCUCAGGUAUCUGCACGCUCAUGGGACCACAAUGAAUUUUUUGCCCAGUUUGCUGGAGAUCACACUCUUCUAACUGUGGGAUAUUCUACUGUGAUUGAUAAAUUGGCAGAAGGGCUGGACAUCCGGCUGAAUUUCCCAGUACAGAGUAUUGACUAUUCUGGUGAAGAAGUACAGGUUACUACUGCAGAUGGAACAGUGUGGACAACACAAAAGGUAUUAGUGACUGUACCACUGGCCCUUCUUCAGAAAAAUGCCAUUCAGUUUAAUCCUCCACUGUCAGAAAAAAAAAUUAAAGCCAUUAAUAGUUUGGGAGCAGGAGUCAUCGAGAAGAUUGCCUUGCAGUUUCCUUAUAGAUUUUGGGACAGUAAAAUUCAAGGAGCUGAUUUUUUUGGUCAUGUUCCACCCAAUUCCAGCCAACGUGGGCUCUUCAGUGUUUUCUAUGACAUGGAUCCAGAGGGCAAACAAAGCAUUUUAAUGUCAGUGGUCACUGGAGAUGCUGUGACAACCAUUAAGAAUUUAGAUGAUAAACAAGUACUGCAACAGUGUAUGACUGUACUUCGAGAGCUAUUUAAGGAGCAGGAGGUUCCUGACCCAGUGAAGUUUUUUGUUACUCGAUGGAGCAAAGACCCUUGGCUCCAGAUGGCAUAUAGUUUUGUGAAAACAGGGGGCAGCGGUGAAGCUUAUGACAUUAUAGCUGAAGACAUACAAGGGAAAAUUUUCUUUGCUGGUGAGGCCACAAAUAGGCACUUUCCUCAGACCGUUACAGGAGCUUACUUGAGUGGGGUUCGAGAAGCGAGCAAAAUAGCAGCAUUUUAAGUACUGAAAGUUUGUGUUUAUACAUAUAUUUUUAAUUGUUUUCUGUGGGUAAAACUAUCUUCAAGUUUCCUAUUGCUGCCUUUUUCUUAAGUGGUACUUAAAUAGUAUAUGGUACCUGGAGAUAAAAUCUUCAUCUUCUUUUUCCUCUUUCUCCCCUACCCUCCUUUUAAGCCCUGAUGAUACACAUUGUUGGGGUUUUUUUUCCAGUUAAGGUAUUACUAGCAAGAGUGACAUUAGAGUCCCUGGCCACAGCUUAACUAAUGGAACUUUUUUUGAGAGUCCUCUUCUGUAUGGCUCAAGUCAUGCUAUUGUAAACCUUCAUUUCAGAAGGUCAAAUUAAAGCAAGACUAAGUUAACAUACAGCAUUAAAAAUGCUGGCAGUUAGUAGUAACGAUGGGAAUUUUCCACUAACUGUGUUUCUCAGGUUGAUUAUGCUUAUAGGAGUUCAGACUUGCUCCCAAAAGCCUGAAUAGCCUAGACAAAUUCUAGAAUUAUUGUAGGAAGGAACUCAACUAUCAUUCUUUCCACUUGCAAUCAAUAACCUUUUCUAUAAUAUUUUUCAUAUUCUUAGCCUCCACUAAGGGGGCUUUGGAAUAUCAAGUUUGUUCCUUUAAAUCAGAUGGCUGGAACAGUUUACAGUGCAAUCAUAGAAAGGUUAUUGUAGAUAAUAAAAACUUGAAAAAAGUAACUUUUACAUUACUUUAAAAAACUUUGGAAUAUUCUCUCUGCUACUUAUUCAGAGAAAUUCUUGUUACAAUAAUAGGCUAAGUUUAGAUUUGCUUAGUGCUUCUGAUCAUGUAGAAACAGGACAGCUUAAAAAAACUAUAUUUCUAUGAUUAUUUUGAAAACAACUUCCAAAUUCAUUUGGGCUGAGUAGAGGCACUAUCUACUGAUAUGAGUAUUCAGUGGGGGGUGAAGGACUGUAAGUUCCUAAUGGCUCAUUCAGCUUUUAUAUUUAAAAAAUAAGUGAAGAUGAAUGAGGAAAAAUAUUAACACUUUUAUGAAGGGCUGAAACAAGGUGGCUUGCACUUUGACUUGAAGUUUUUUAUUUCUUUUACUAUUAAAGUAUUAUUAAAAACAACUUGAGGGAGUAAUUCAGUAAGGGCUAAGCAUCUAUCUAAUAGCUUUUCUGUGGGACAGGGAAGAAAAUGAAAUACUUUUCAACACACAACCACCAGUGUAUCUGUUGUAAUACUGUUCCACUAAAACGGUAUUAAUGAAAAAACAUUAAAACCAACUUUUAGAUCUCUUCCCCCACACCUUCCCUAUAACUUUACUGCAUAGACCUCACGAUUUCUGGAAGGAAAGUAAGCACUUACUCUUUUACCCCCUGCAUUCUCAUGCAUAGGCUCUUUUCUUUUCUUAAUCUCUUCAUUUUGAAAAUGACACAGCAAACUUUUCUUGAGUUACAGUGCUUAUUUCCAUAAAGCUGUAUCCUUGGAAAAAAACAACAACAAGCAACUUUAAGAAAAAUCCUACUGAAUAAAUGCAAUUCUUCUUUUUAAAUACCUAAUAUUUUGUUUUUAGAGUAGCUAUGAUAUUGUUAAAUACCUUUAUUUAAUCUCUAAUUUACAAGGUGAAGAUGUUUAUAUAACUAGAUGUUUUUCAGAUAUAUAUUCUGUUCUGCUUCUUAAAGCUGAAUUAUAUGGAUUAACAGGAAAAGUGUAACUGUUCAUAAUUUUCCUCCACAUAAAUGCUAUUAUGUACAGUUUUAAAGUAUUUCCAAGUAUUAAAUUGUAAUUUAAAGGCUAUAAGAAGCAAGACAAAAUCCUCUGAUGAUAAAAGAUAACCAGACAUCAGAUUUUGCUUUUGGUAAUCAUUUGCACUUUGUUAAUUUCACGUAUUACAGGCCGACUUAGAGCAUAACUAGGAAAGAUUAAGCGGUGCAUACGUUUCAGUUCCAAGUUUCUUUCCCAGUUGAUCAUAUAUGACAAAAUUAUUAGGAGAGGAGCUUCUGAAGGUGGGAAAAAAGCUUAUUACUACAAGCCCCAAACAUUAUAUUCAAUAGCUGCUUUAGCUGACCUUGGUCAAAACUUAAGUCAGCUUAAUAACAACAUAUAAACACAUUACAUUUUAGAUAGGAACUGUCUGGGAAGUUGAGCUCAGCAUCCAUUUCUGCAGUCCAAAGUUUGUGUGAACAUGCUUGAUUUUAAGCAUAUGCUUCCAUCAUGUUAAUUUGUACUUGGGGUUUUAAAUUUAUCUACAACUUUGCAGAUAGAUAAAUGCUGUAUUCUAAAGAAUAGAGAUGGACAUGAAAAAAUACUGUCACGUUUGGCUUUAGCUGCUGCACACUUCUUAUAGCAUUAAAAUAGUGUAACAAAUGAUAAAUUUACCAAUGGUCUAGUCUAUUAAUUAUUUGUAUAUUAUUUUGGUGCCAAGGCACUUAAACUGUGUUGUGCUGCACUUAAGUUUGAGAAGUAAAUAAAAUAAGUAUGUUCCAUUUUAAUUUACGUUCAUUUGAAAUGUAUAAGAACAUCAGGCUGGUUCUGAGACUUCAUUCUUUAAUUAAUGUUCCCCCCAAAUUUUUUUAAUAUCUAUGUUAAAAUUUAUUUCAAGCAUGUAUGUGUUAUUUCUUUUGUGUUUAAUUUAUUCCCUGCAAAUAAAGAACUGGGGAAUGUUUUCUUUGAGUAUAUUUGUUUAAAUGUUAUAAAAAAUAUUUGAAUGCAGAGCAUGAUCUGUUACACUUCAACUCUUCUGUGUGACUAUGUUAUGGCAGCAGAAUAAAACUGGAAAGUAUCCACAGGA